GACAGGGUUUCUCACGCUGAGAACAAGGUACCUCACGCUGAGGACAAGGUUCUUCACGCUGAGGACAAGGUUCCUCACGCUGAGGACAAGGUUUCUCACGCUGAGGACAAGGUUCCUCACGCUGAGGACAAGGUUCCUCACGCUGAGGACAAGGUUCCUCACGCUGAGGACAAGGUUCCUCACGCUGAGGACAAGGUUCCUCACGCUGAGGACAAGGUUCCUCACGCUGAGGACAAGGUUCCCCACGCUGAGGACAAGGUUCCUCACGCUGAGGACAAGGUUCCUCACGCUGAGGACAAGGUUCCUCACGCUGAGGAAAAGGUUCCUCACGCUGACGACAAGGUUCGCCACGCUGACGACAAGGUUCCUCACGCUGAGGACAAGGUUCCCCACGCUGAGGACAAGGUUCCUCACGCUGAGGACAAGGUUCCUCACGCUGAGGACAAGGUUCCUCACGCUGAGGACAAGGUUCCUCACGCUGAGGACAAGGUUCCUCACGCUGAGGACAAGGUUCCUCACGCUGAGGACAAGGUUCCUCACGCUGAGGACAAGGUUCCCCACGCUGAGGACAAGGUUCCCCACGCUGAGGACAAGGUUCCUCACGCUGAGGACAAGGUUCCUCACGCUGAGGACAAGGUUCCUCACGUUGAGGACAAGAUUCCUCACGCUGAGGACAAGGUUCCCCACGCUGAGAACAAGGUUCCCCACGCUGAGAACAAGGUUCCUCACGCUGAGGACAAGAUUCCUCCCGCUGAGGACAAGGUUCCUCACGCUGUAUUCGGGUUUUUCCCUUUCGCUGUUAAUUGA